UUCAAAUGUUCCCAUCCCCUAAUGUGUCUAAACGAUGCCACAUCAAUUCAAUCAAUGAUCAUUGCCUACCUUUCCCCCAAUACAUGGAUUCUUCCAACAUAGUUCACCACACCCACAUGCACAAAACUCAAAAAGUAAAACAAAAAGAAAAACAAAUCAUUAAUUUCCGCACUCUUCAUUUAAUAUAAAGUCUAUUUUGGUGUGUGCCAUAUUAUUGCCACCAUGGACAACUCCAUGCCUAUGUUAUCAUGUUUGUUAUUCUUGUUUUUGCAAUGUGGCUUCUCUUCUUCAAACAUGGACAUCUUCAUCCUUGCCGGACAAAGCAACAUGGCUGGUCGUGGCGGCGUCAAAAACGGGAGGUUUUGGGACGGUAAUGUCCCACCAGAGUGCCGGUCCAACCCUUCUAUCUUACGAUUAAGUGCGAGUCUACAAUGGGAAGAGGCCCAUGAGCCUCUCCAUUUAGACAUCGACCUUGGCAAGACUUGUGGGGUUGGACCGGGUUUGGCAUUCGCAAACGAAAUUCUGAGGAUCAAAGGUGAGAGUGUUAAUGUGGUGAUGGGUUUGGUGCCUUGUGCAAAGGGAGGGACUAAGAUUGGGGAAUGGAGUAAAGGGACAAGUUUGUACAAUGAAUUGGUGAGAAGGGCAAUUGAGUCAGUGAAGGGUAAUAGUGGAAGAACAAUUAGGGCACUUUUGUGGUAUCAAGGUGAGAGUGACACUGUUAGAGAAGAGGAUGCUGAAGGUUAUAGCCAUAACAUGGAGAAAUUUAUUAUGGACCUUCGUUCUGAUCUUCAUCUUCCAAAUCUUCUUGUUAUCCAGGUAGCACUUGCAUCAGGGGAAGGAAAAUACAUUGAGAAAGUGAGAAAGGGUCAAUUAGGGUUGAAGCUUCCAAAUGUGAAGUGUGUUGAUGCAAAGGAUUUGCCCCUCAAAACAGAUAAACUUCACCUUACUACAGUCUCACAAGUUCACUUAGGAAUGCGUUUGGCUCAUGCCUAUAUUGCUUCCACCACUCAUCAUCAUCAUCAUCAUCAAUUUAUUAAUCACUCACUCACAAGUUAUGUAGCUAGUUAAUUAAAUCAGGAAUUUCGGAUAAGAGUAAAUUAAAUAUUU